UCCUCACUGCUCUGCUUCUCUGUGAGGCUAUGAUAUGAGAUCCACAGGACUAGAAGGCCUGAGCCCACCUCUGAGGCUGAGAGCUGUGCCCUCCUGGUACUAUCACCUCAAAUGCCAGCCUGUCUUGAACACAGAACUCCCCUGCUGCUGCAGUAGCCAUGGAGAGAGGCUGGUGUCCACUGCCCUCCCCUUUGCUCUGGCUCUUGGAGAAAGGGGCUGCCGGCUGAGUGGAGUCCUCCCCUCAGCUUUGGGGACUACUUUUUCCUGGCCAGGAUGUGGCCUUCCUCUCUGGAAGGCUCCCUUCACACUUAGCCACCCUGCCUUUGGCCACCAAAGCAAUCUCUAGUCUUGUAAAGGGGAAACAUGUAUGUAUGGGUAAAACGUUUUAAGAUAUAUUUUUAUGUAGAUCUGAUUUCUCUGUGACUGGUGAAUUUUAUAUUCAGCACUGAUUUUUCAAGCUAAACUAGGGGAGAUGGGGCCCAGGAUAACAAACCCCACUGCGCCCGAGCAGCGCGCUGCUGAUGGUGAUCUGAGUUGCCACUACUACCUCCACAAGGUCUUGUCCACAGUCCAUAAAGACUAAAAGGGGGAGGAACAAGGGGUAGACGGACGGGCUUUGCAGCCAGUUAGCCGCAGGGAGAGGACAGGGCUAGCCUGAGUGAUUUCCGGUUCCGGUUGGCGCGGAGUUCAGGGUGGCGGUGCUGUAAGUCCGGCACGGUAAUCCCUGCCUCUGCAAGCCUGCGCGAUGCCGCUGCACAAGUUCCCCGUCUGCCUGUGGAGGCGGCUGCGGCUGCAGCAGGGCAUCUGCGCGCGCCUGCCUGGGCACUACCUGCGGUCGCUGGAGCCGACGCGGAUGCCGGCGCCUGUGCACUAUAGGCCGCACGGGGCCAAGUUCAGAGUCAAUCCCAAGAACGGGCAGCGGGAGCGCGUAGAGGACGUGCCCAUUCCCAUCUACUUCCCCCCGGAGUCCCAGCAGGGACUGUGGGGCGGCGAGGGCUGGAUCUUGGGCUACAAAUACGCCAACAACGACAAGCUCUCGAGGAGGGUGAAGAAGGUGUGGAAGCCACAGUUGUUUCAGCGAGAGCUUUACAGUGAGAUCCUGGACAAGAAGUUCACGGUGACUGUGACCAUGCGAACCCUGGAUCUCAUCGAUGAGGCCUAUGGGUUUGACUUCUACAUCCUUAAGACCUCAAAGGAGGACCUAUGCUCCAAGUUUGGGAUGGACCUGAAGCGAGGAAUGCUGCUAAGACUUGCCCGACAGGACCCCCAGUUACACCCGGAUGACCCUGAGCAGAGGGCAGCCAUCUAUGACAAAUACAAGGAGUUUGCCAUACCAGAAGCAGAGGCAGAGUGGGUUGGGCUGACGCUAGAGGAGGCUGUGGAGAAGCAGAGGCUUCUGGAGGAGAAGGACCCUGUCCCUCUGUUCAAGGUCUAUGUGGAAGAGCUACUCCAGCAGCUUCAGCAUCAGGCAUUGGUGGAGCCUGCAGUACAGAAGAGAGCCAGCGGGAAGUGACCACAGGGCCCUUCCCUGGACACAGAGCCUGAGAUGCAGGCUAUCUGUGGGCAGUGGGUGAAUCCUGGCCACACAGCUCCUGGGCUGGGUUGGCUUUGCAGAGGCUCCUCCCAGAGGGGGUCCCAUGCUCCUUAUGCUCACAGCAGGGCCAAGACUGAGUAAAGUCUGAGCCAAGCUC